CAACUGCCAAGUUCGUAUAAAUUCAAAUUUCAAACCACAACAAUUCGUUGGCAUUUUGCUUAGCUUGUACUUUUACUUUGAAAGUUUUCUAAUAAGAUUUAGGAAAGGACUAAAGUGUUAAAUUAUAAAGUUAUACAAUGGCGGAGUUUCAAACACCGAUUAAAACCAAAAAUACCGUACAAAAUGAGAAAAUAAUGAUUCCACCGUCCCCCUUUCUGAAUAGAUUGGGAUAUGGCACAGGUGUGUCAGUAAUGCAGUUAGUAAGAUCACCUCGCGCGGGUCAGAUCCGAUCUCCGUGGGCACUAAAAAUGCUCAACAAACGUGUGAAGCCCAACAAAGUAUACACAGAGCGUCUGAAAGUUGAAGCGGAUUUGUUGCAGAGGAUGUCACAUCCUAACAUUGUGGGAUUCCGAGCAUUCAGCAAGACCAAGAUAUUGUACUUGGGAAUGGAGGCCUGUGAUGUUUCCCUCGGGGACAUGAUUGAGAAGAGAGUUGAGGAUAAUUGUGAACCAUUCACAUCUAGACAGAUUUUGAAGGUGGCAGCAGACAUAGCUAGUGCCCUACACUACCUCCACACAACAAUGCAGAUCCUCCACGGAGACAUGAAGUCAUAUAACAUCUUGGUUAAUGGAGACUUUGUCAUCUGCAAGCUCUGUGACUUUGGAGUAACGCUGCCAUUGGACGAGAAUGGGGUGUUUGACAAGCAGAGCGCUGGCAAGGCUGUUUAUUAUGGCACAGAGGCGUGGAGUGCACCAGAAGUAAUACAUGGAGGGGAGAUUACAGACAGGACAGACAUAUGGCCUCUGGGACUCACAUUCUGGGAGAUGAUGGCUCUGACAGCUCCCCACACACAGAUUGAGGAUGAAACCAUGGACGAGAGUGUUGUGUGUCUCGAUGACUCAACAGAAAGCAUGGACUACUUCUCAGAAAAAUAUGGUACUAGACCGCCAGUUCCCGCCAAUAUAUCGGAAAAACAAUAUGCUGAUCCACUGGCGUUGUUUUAUUGCUGUACGGAGACUCUUGGCUCCAUGCGACCAUCUGCAAACCACCUCGCUAUUGCUGCUUCAGACAUGCUUGAACAGUGCCUUAAAACAAUGAACUAAAGACAAGGAAAGCUGUUAUUCCCGUAGUGGGAAAAAGCUGUGGGUAUUUAUAAGAUUUGUAGACAUCUCAAUGUGAAAAAAACAUAUACCACCUUAUUCAUAAACCUUUUACUAUCUAAGGACGGAGCAUUGCUGUGAUAACAAGUCUGUUUCUGCUAAGUGCUGACGGCACGGCAGCCUUCACAGUGCGUAGACAUGGGGCCGUUGUGAUUGGCUAAUAUUGAGAUACAACUUGACCUAGUUGGCUGUCAGAUAAACAAAGCUGAACAAACAGCAAGCCGUCAGAUAAAACAACCUGAGAAACAGACAAGUUAUCACAGCAAUGCUCCAUCCUUAGAUAAAUAAUGUCUAUGAUGAAGAGGGUUAAUCUAUAUACUCAUUGACUAAAUGGUUCACCAAUGUGCAUAUUGCUUGUUAAAAAUAUGUAAUUAUAUGUUACUGUUUGUUGUGUUCACACAAUGUGACACAUUGUACAAUUUUUAUAGCAUUGUAGCAUACUACCUUUCUAUAAAAAAAAUAUUAACUUAAAUAGUAUAUGAUUGCAUUUUAUAGAUUUGUGUAGAAGGAAUAUAUAGAUAUUGUUUUUAUUUAGUUUCACCAUUUAGUCAUUUACACACGGCUUUGUAUGCUGAAAGAUGUUGUUUACUAAGUAGGGGACCAAUGCAAAUAUAUAAUAAUGACAAUAAUUUAUUAAAAAGUACUUAAUAAAACAUGUAUAUAUAUAAAAA